AUGAUAAAGAACUGUGGAAAACUGAUCAUACGACGAAAGAGAAAUACUAGCAAUAUGCAGACAUGGGGAGGAAAGCGAAAAAGAGACUUGGUUUUGCUACAACAGAAGCAUAAGAAAAAAUACUCAACCAAUUUUCGACUGGAUCCUCUUGAAGUUGUUCAAGUCAAAGGUUCUCAGAUCAUCAUGAAGGAUAACAGUGGAAAGACUUACCGUCAAAACUCCAGUCAUGUUAAGAAAUUUCUGAAACCAGAUGAAGAAGAAGAGGAAGUAAGCAUUGACAAAGAAGAAUUGGAAGGCGAAGUAGAAGAUGCUUAA